AUGAAGAAUACCAGAGUCAACGUGGCUAUCAGAGUCAGACCUCUAUUGAAGGCAGAGAUCGAUCGUGGAGAGACAUCCACAGACUUGCUCUCAGUGAAUAGAAAAUAGUAAUACCAUAUCCUUCAAAGGCAAUUCAGCUGGGAAGAUUAACAAAAAUUACACAUUUGAUAAAGUCAUACCAUCUGAUGCAACCCAGGAAGAGGUUUAUGAAGAAUUGGACAUACAGAGAUAUAUUAAACAAGUUGUUGACGGCUAUCACGCCACUAUUUUUGCAUAUGGACAGACUGGCAGCGGCAAAACUUUCACAAUGGAGGGAUAUAAAUAUUCUAAUAACGGUAAUUCUAAAGGAGGACUUCAAGCCCAAAUCGAGAAUGGCGAUAAUAUCGGAAUUGUACCAAGAGUCAUCAGUUCGAUAUUUUCUCAGAUAGAUGAAAACUCCAGUCAAUCUGGUCAUAGUUUUAGGAUAUAUUGCUCCUUCUUACAGCUCUAUCAGGAGAAAAUUUUGGAUCUUUUAAACCCAAACCAUAGCAAAAAGAGUGCUUUCCAGGGCACUGGAUUGAAGCUAAGAUGGAAUAAGCUGGAUAUAUAUACAGUAGAAAAUCUAUAUAAUUUUGAAUGCAAAUCACCAGAAGAGCUGAUGAAGUAUUAUCAUAUGGGCAUUAAGAAUAAGAUUAUGUCCACGCAUAAUCUGAAUAAUGCCAGUUCAAGGUCUCAUUGCGUCUUUACAAUCACAUGUGAGUGAACUAAUCCAGCAAAGCCAGAUAAUGUGAUCGUUUCAAAAUUACAGUUGGUCGAUCUGGCAGGAAGUGAGAGAUCCAACCAAACAGGAGUAAAAGAUCAAAUGGCAAAGGAAAGUAUCGAUAUAAACAAAUCUUUGUUUACCCUGAGACAAGUCAUUACAGCAUUAACUGAUUCUAAAUCAAAAGAUUAUAUACCGUACCGUGAGUCUAAACUGACUUGUCUGCUUAGACAAAGUCUAGGUGGAAACAGUUACUCGUUGAUGAUUUCUUGUUUAACGCCUAAUGAUAAGUUCUGUGAUGAAAACAAGAGCACACUAAAUUAUGCCUCAAGAGCCUCAUGAAUUGCAAACAAACCAGUCAAGAAUGAUGAUCCUCAGACAAAACUGGUUGACACAUUAAAAAAACAGAUAAAGAUUCUCAAUGAGGAACUUGUUAAAGCUAAUAGACAUAUCCUCGACUUAAGCAUCGUUAAAGGUGAGCAAGGAACUUUCUUUGGUACAGAAAAAGUUAAGAAGCAGUUUAGUGAAGAAAGCCAGAUGCUUCUAACCUCAAAUGGGUUCAACCCAAUGUCUGAAACAAAGCUAACUGCUAAGAAUGAAAAGUCUUUGCCCCCUUUAGCUCAUAUGAAUACACCUGAUAGAUCUGUCAAAAUGAAGACUCAGACUAACCAGUUUUAUAAUGAUAAGGAAGAGGGUAAAAUUCCUUCUCGUCAGCAAUCUCCGAAAAAUAAGAAUUUUAAAACUGCUGAAAAGCCAUCAAGAGAUACAGAAAGUAAGAAAAGCAGAGUUAUGAAUGCAGAAAUUUCCAAGAAAAUUGAAGAGGCUAAGGAAGCUGCUUUUGAAAGAAUCAUGCAUAGUGCGAACAUUGUCAAGGAAGUCCUUCAAAGAAAUAUGUCUCUUAGUGAAGACAUUGUCAAGAACCACCAAAUUGUGGAUGAUCUUAACCAAAAUGUGUACCAACUUCAGAGAGAGAACGAAGAUCUGAGGGAAAGACUGGAGAUUCUUGAAACAAUUACUGGAAAAGACUCUUCCUCCUUGCUAAAGAAGAUCAGAGGAAUGACCAAAACUGAUGAUGACCCUGAAGACACUAAGGAAACUGAAGAGAAGCCACAAGAAGAAGUGAAGGACUAUAAUGAGAAAGACCUCAUGGUACUCCUUACUAAUUCUGAUGAUUUCAUGGUCAAAAACAAGCAGUCUGUAAUCAACGCAAUCUAUAAAUUGAGCAAGGACAAGCAGAUACUUAAUAAGAGGAUAGAAAAUUUGGAAAAGAACAGGAUUAGGAAAACACAUAUGAAACUUCGAAUGACAAACAAUCACUUUUAUAACCAGAAUGGGGCUUCAGAGCAGAAAGCUAAGUAUAAAGCAACACUUGAUGAAGGAGUUGAUGAUACUGAGCCGAUAAGGAGCAUACUGAAUGAGGAAGAUUUAGAUAUUAGUAACCAGUACAUUCCUCCUAAAAUUCGAAAAGGAAAUAAGCUGAAGUUAGCAAAGCACACUUCAAUGAAGGAUAAGAGGGCAUUAAAAUAUCAAAAGCGUCCUUCUGGAACGAACCAAAGUUCUAAAAGUGAGAUAAGAAUAGCUCAUUCUUUCAACUAUGGGCCUAAUUUUAGAAGGACUAGGGAAUCUUUUCUCGAACAAGAUGCUUCUGGUAAUGGUAAAAUUCUGAUUCAAAAUGACUCAUCACACAAAUAUGGCAUUCAAAGGCAUCCUUCCACUCAAGAAGAGAUGAAAAAUAGGACGAACUACUCUUCAGGACACCAGCAGACCAACCUAUCGACUUCAUCAGCUAUAGAUUUUGACCAAAAUGCGGUACAAAAAGGCCAAAAACUCUCAAAACUUGAAAAGAUACCUGACCCUAGCAUCACUUCAGAGACUCUUUACAACCCAUCUAGGCUGAAGAAAUCCCCGUAUGAUAUCGCUGGGUAUGACCAUCUGAGCAGGAUCCAGCCUAGAAAGGGAAAACUUCCUUCGCAUUCCAAGAAGUUUCGUAGUAAGAAGAAGUUUUAAGCACU